AUGGGUUCUAUGUUGGCAAGUUUGGCGCAUGAUAAAGAACCACCCUACGAAGCUUUGCAAAAUUUAGAACAAAGAAUAAUUGCUACAGAAGAAAUAAUGAGAGAUUCUCAAAUCCGUUACCAGAAAAUCCUUCAAAAUCUGAUGAUAAUGUCCUUUUUGUUUUAUCUGAUAUCAUGUUUAGCGAUUUAUGUCUACUUCUCGCCUAAAUCUUGGCUGGAAUUUUCCUUCUACGUUUGUCCUUUGAUGGUGGCGUGUCCUAUGGGGAUGACAAUUGCGAAAAAAGUAGUCACUUUGUAUUAUAAUAUAAAGUGGAAUAGUUAUUCAAGGGUAAUGGAUGAUCUGUUGCAGCAGAAAAAGCUGAUUUUGGAAGAAGUUAUGGAGAAAGAGAACUAUAGAACCGCAAAAGAUCUACUCGAACGUUUUAGUUCUGGGCCUUUGACAAAAAGUUUGGCCGGCCAAUCGGUCCAGUCAAUCAGAAGUAUGAGUUCCACGUGCGCAAAAGAAGUCGAACUGUCCUCGGUUUCAGCUCAUAGUCUGGGUCGUCGCACAAGUUCGAAACCCCUGAACGAAAAAACCCCUGAAAUAGUACCAUCCAGAUUGCUUCCUCGUCCAAUAUUAUCAUCACAUGGUACAUUUUUAGACAGAUUAGUAGAUUUUAUUGCAAAAGACGGAGCUUCGAAUCGUUUCGCCAUGAUUUGCCCACUUUGCCAUAAUCACAAUGGCAUGGCGCUACAGGAGGAAUUUGAAUAUCUUUCUUACAGGUGUGCAUUUUGCGGUGCUUUUAAUCAAGCGAAAAAAACAAAACCAACGGCCCCUGGUUUGGGGUCCUCGGACCUCCAAAAUUAUUAUCCGGUUCCGGAAAGCAGCAAGGCUAUAUGCGGAAAAAUGAAUACACCAACACAAUUAACACCGCAUCAAGAUUAA